ACUGAGUUUGUUAGAGAGAGCUGUGAGAAUGGAUAAACGAUCAUAGGAUAUGAAUACUUGCUAACGUUGGAAGUACAUGAACAGAUGAAUUGACGCUGUCCGCAAAGUCACCAAUGAAGUCUCACAAGCGUGACGUAGAUGGUGGAUGGGCAUGGCUAGCUCUUGUAGCAGUCUAUGGCGGGAUGCUGACGUUGUCAACAGUCAUGUAUACAUCUGGAGUGUUGUAUGUUGAAAUGCUGGAAUAUUACCGAGAAGACGCAGCAAAAACGUCAGUUAUUGGCGCCUUGAACACUGGGCUGAUGUGUUUACUGGGACCCCUGGUUUCUAUUUGCAUAAACAAGUAUUCUUGCCGCUUAACAAUGGUGAUCGGUGGACUAUUCCUGAUGUCAGCAUAUCUUACGAGUGCAUUUGUGAGCAAUAUAAACCUACUGAUAUUGUUCCUGGGUGUAAUCGGAGGUGUUGGAAACGCCCUUGCAAGUGUACCAUUAGCAUUAGUGCUGGUGCAUUACUUUGAAAAGCAUAGAAACGUUGUGCUCGCGUUGAGUCAAGUGGUCAUAGGAAUUGCAAUGUUCAUAGCUUCGCCAUUGGCCUUGUGGCUGUUACGUGAAUAUGGCCUGAAAGGAACACUCUUGAUCACUUCCGGAUUAAGUGCACACAUAUUUGUUUGUGCCAUAGUUUGUAAGCCUUCAUCUAGUGAAAUUGAUUCCAGGAAACGAACGCUCCCAUUGGAAGAGACUGCUCUAAAGGAGAAGUCCACAAUAUGUGUAUGUGUACGAGGAUUAGACUUGGAUGCCUUUAAAUCGUUGCCAUUUAUUUGCUUCUUAAUCAGCACUACAACUUGGAAUUUUAUGUUAUCAGUCUGCCUCAUGCAUUUACCAAAUUAUGUUAUAACAAAGGGACUAGAUGAGUCCCAUAUCACGGUAAUGAUGACAAUAUUCAGUAUAACAAACACAGUUGGAAGAUUUGGUGCAGUGUUCGUUGUUGACAAUGUAUAUAUAGAUAAUUUUGUUGUCCACAUAGGCUGUCUUGGAAUUGCAGGAAUAAUUACGAUGUCUUUUGCCUCCUUUGACCAUCUUCCGUUUGCAGAAUAUGCCUUUGCUGGUGCAAUAGGAAUCUUUACUGGGCUGCCGAGUGCCUUAGUCACACCUAUGACGCUGAGUCUUGUUGACUUUGGUAGGAUAUCUAAAGCACAUGGGUUGGUAAAUUUCUUCAGUGGCCUUGGAUAUGUGACUGGACCACCAAUUGCAGCGAUGUUACUUGAAAGAACGGGCUCCUAUGAAAACAGCUUUAUGAUGUCUGGUGCAGUAUUGAUAUUUGGGAGUUUAAUAGCAACGGUGGCAAAGUUCCUAAUCAGAAAACCUCAAGAAGAACGAGAAAACACGAAUUGUGAACAAAUGGAAGAAAUUCAGACCUUCAUACCAGCGGAUUGAACAUUUUUUAAGAAUUUGAUCCCAAUAAUACAAUUAUAUCUGCAGUGACUAGACCAGCAGCCAAAUAUAUAACUACAAAUAAACUUCGAUAACUCGAGGACGUCCGGGACCGACCUAAAACCUCGAGUUAUCCGAUGUUUCUAGUAUAUUUAAUAUGAAAAUGGUAACGAUCCUGACCUUCCCUCAACCUUGAGUUAUUGCAGUUUCACAGUUAACAUAUAAGCUUGUUGAGAGACAGAAAGUCCGAUACACUUCCAUUGAGAGGCACACAACAUCAAAGACAAAUAUUUUCAUACUGUUAUCAAUAUAAUUCCCGAGUAUUUAGUUAUUUCAUGAUUUGUACUUGUACAUAUUAGUUCAUUGCCGUUUUUGCCCUUGCUUGUAUAUCUAAACAUGGAUAAGUUUUUAAUUAUCGACUACUUAGCUUGUAGCUUGUGUUGUGUUACAAUGUUAUUAUGAAAACACUUACUAAUUUGUAUAUGUAGUAAAGGGUUACUCAGGCAUUUAACGUCUUAAACAAUAAUCUUAUAUAACUAAGGUUAUAAUUGUCGUUUUACGAGUGUUGUUUCAUAUGUUAUGUUAUCAGAUCAAAUGUGGAAUAUAAAUUAAGUCAAAUUUGAUAUUUUUUAAGAUUUGUUGUAUAUAAGUCAUCUAGUUUAGUUGUUUUUCGAGAGCCUUAACGCUUUCCGAUAAAUCGUACUACACGUACAAACUGCAACAAAGGUGCGGAAUAUUAUAUGGCAUUAUAUGGCGCAUAGCAUCUCUUUUGUGAUGACUGAAUUAAAUCAGAAAGUAUCAUUCUGGAAGUAUUUGAAGUUCCAUUGCAAAACAACUGUUAUCUUUAUUAUUUUUCAUCAAAAAUGGGUUGUUAUUGAAUGUUAAAGAUUAUGUAACUUAAGUGUCUUCUCAUGUAUCUUUUAAUUCUUCUCGAUUGCACAUCACGUGAUUUUACUUUUUUUAUUUUCACUGCAGUAGAAUGAUUUAUUUGUAUCUAUUCAAAGCUCGUAACAACAUCUAUGUACUCUUAUUCCUGUGUCGGAUUGAAAACCGAUCUGAAAUAACGUCACAAAAUCGACGUGGGGAUUUAGCUUUAUUGAUAUAAAUAUUGCCACAGACAAUGUGCAUAUACUCAUCAAGGCACCUAACUCUGGCUUUAAUACUUCUUGAGUUUUGUCCUUUUUUGUCUGAAAUAAUAAACUAUUGAUGUUGUUA